CCAGCACAAGCGGUGCAAAUCAUGUGUUAAAUUCUCUCCCACAAACAUUCAGAGCUCGUAUAGAUGUUUUAGGAAUAUUACAAUGCCGCCACCGAUUAAUGCAUUACAUAUAUACUUUAUACCAAGUAGUAUGGACAAGCGCGCAUCUAUGCAGUUCGAUCUCAUCGAUUCUUGUUAUUGAGGUUACACUUGUACAGCUAAAGGUGCCAUAACAAUAUAUUCAUUGACGGACACUUUAAUGAAUGGGAGAUACUUUUAAAAUCAAACUUCCGACCAGGAUGGAAAAUAUUAAUUAGAAUCUCUUAAAUAGAUUCGUUUAUUAGACACAAAUAUUUUCAGUAAUAUUAUAUGUCAUCCAAAAUUAUACGGUAUAGCGUUUAGGGUCGUUUAACCUGUGCAGGUUGGUGAUUGAGUCGAUCGUUCUUCGGGGUUUUAAGCCUGAAUGCACCGAGUGCGAGUGUCCCAAAGCCGGAGCACCUCGCCAUGCACUGGGCCAUGACGUCACAGGAACUCUGUCAAUAUGCUGUCUGUCGACUCCCUGGCUGCACCAUCAGCUUGUGCGAUGACAUAUUACUUCUACUUGCCCCUUCAUGCAGUUCACUUUGUGUGCAAAUAAAAGAUCGAGUCUAAAAGCCUAUAUUCUAUGCUAGAAUUUUUGCUUUUACUCUGUAGGGCAAAUCCGUGUGUAAGAGUUCUUGUUACCUUGAGAGCAUCUCGUCUCGAUCAUUUAUUUUGGGAGCACGACUAUAUGUGAGUGCUAGUGUACCUCGAUGUUAUACAGCUUCUCUCCUUCUCUUUCUAUAACUUUUGUUGGUAUGUGCAUGUGUGUUUCGUUCAGCGUUUCAUUCGCUUUGUUGUAUUCAAGAGACAAAUAUAAGAAUUUGCAAUCAAUCAGCUAUGUAUACUUUCCUUCACAUUUAUAAGGGGUUGCACCGAGCUUCGAGUUCGGGACAGACUAUAACUUACGGAAUGAAUUUUAAGCGAAUUUCAACAGUCAUCACCUUUCAUCCUAAUUUUUGUCUGGCUAUGAAUUCAGAGAAAAUUGUGGAUCGGGAAAUUCCCGCACUUCCAUCACGGCAGUUUCACGUCGUUGUGCAAUAGGAAAAUGAGUAUUUAGCUUAAGACAGAAUUUCACGAUCAGCGCGCGUGACAAGCGAGACUGAUAGAGGUGGGCACAAUGAGUUCAGGUGCAGGAGUGUGCACAAAUGGUUGUGCAACUGGAAGUGGGGCUGAAGAUGUGAAUAAGACAAUUGCAGAUGUCACUUGCAAGAACCCACCACAACUGGAAUUUCUCUUCAAAGAUUUAAAUAUUUUCAUCAAGAACAAACAAAUUCUUAACAGUGUGAGUGGCGUUGUACACAGUGGAGAGGUGCUGGCAGUUAUGGGACCAAGUGGAUCAGGAAAGACAACCAUGCUGAGUGCUCUAGCUGGUCGCGUUUCUGUGCAGUCGGGAAUGAUUACACUCGAUGGAAACCCACUGACCAAGACACUACGGAAGCGCACUUGCUAUGUACUACAGGAAGAUAUUUUUCUGCCAAAACUUACACUUUGGGAGACACUAUAUUUUUCAGCUAUGGUGCAUCUUCCUGAGAAAAUGCCACAUUCAGAGAAAAUGGCCAAAAUUGACCACAUCAUCAAGGUGCUUGAUCUGACCAAGUGUAGGGACACAGUUGUUGGGGACCAUUUCAAUCGAGGACUUUCGGGUGGUGAAAAGAAGCGCCUGAGUAUUGCUUGUGAGCUAAUAACAGAUCCAGACAUCAUGCUUCUUGAUGAACCAACUUCAGGCUUAGAUUCCAGCACUGCAUACUCUCUAAUGGUGCUCUUAAAACAACUCACAGAAAAUUUUGGCAAAGCAGUGGUGGUUACAAUCCACCAGCCGUCCAGUCAGAUGUUUCACAUGUUCACACACUUGCUACUGCUAGCUGAUGGCCAUAUAGCUUACUUUGGAGAUGGUGGUAAAGUCUUGGAUUUCUUUGAGGAACUUGGCCUUGUGUGUGAGCCUCAUUUUAACCCAGCAGAUUUCGUAUUGGAAACAGUGAAGAAAGAUGAAGAAACUGUCAAAAGAAUUAUUGACCUGGCAGAAGCUAAGAGGUGCACGGAUACAUGGCCCCAGAAGCUGCGACACAACCAUCAUGACCAUGGAGCUGAAUUUCUAUCUGACAAAGAUAAAGUAAUUUCAGGAAGUGUUUUUCUGUACACAGAUGCAAGUGGUGAUGUGAUAGUUACCAUGGCUGAAUCUGAUGUCGAAAUGCAGAAAUCGGUCAAUUCAGAUAUAGAUGGAUUAUCAGGUCUUGCAGAGAAUGCACUCCUUUUGAAAAAAUCUUCAGACCUUCAGACCAAAUCUUCAGCUUCAUCCCGCUGGGCCACAGGAUUCUGGACACAGUACAAGAUGCUGAACUGGAGAACAUUUAAGCAGUCCCGAUCACGAAUCAUCUCCAAGUACAAUAUUGUCAACAGUAUGUCUGUGGCUAUAGUACUGGGUCUCCUGUGGUUCCAGAUUGAACGAACACAUGAGACCAUCAAAGAACGCAUGGGAUACUUAUUCUUCAUGUCGACGUACUGGAGUUUUAUGCCAAUGUUUGAUGCUUUAACCUCAUUCCCACCAGAGCGUCCUGUUGUGCGAAAAGAACGAGCUGCCGGAGCCUAUCGACUUUCAGCAUUCUAUUUUGCCAAAAUGUCAAGUGAACUUCCGCUAAUCUUUGUCAUGCCUUCCUUGUUUAUCACCAUUACUUACUGGAUGGGAGGAUUUCGUGGUGUUUCACAGUACUUUGCAACCUGGGCUAUACUUGUCCUAAAUGUCUUGAACUGCCAGGGUUUUGGAUAUAUCAUGGGCUCUGCUAUCUGGGACCUUCAGAUGUGCAUUACCAUGACUUCUGUUGUCGUACUCUUUGGGCUGCUUUCAGCUGGCUACUACAUCACACGGCUACCUACCUGGCUGUUCUGGGUCCGAUAUUUGUCUAUUGUAUGUUACCCAUAUAAUGCCAUGAGCAUCUUGGAACUAGGAGACCUUCCUCCAGUGCCGUGUGCCAACCUGACAAGUUUUGAUCUACCAGAAUGUCAUCUGGGCAAUUCAACUAUCAUCACUGCAGACAUGGUGCUAAAACAUUUUGGUGUCACUCUUCCUAUCUUCUGUUAUAUUGUAAUGAUUGUUAUACAACUGUUUGUUUUUAGGUCAAUAGCAUACUUUGUUAUGAGGUUCAAAAACAAACCAAUUUAAGUUAGUUAUUCUAAUACUGAUAAAACGCACUAGGCAAAGAGGCAUAGUGCUGGUCACUGAUAGUUUUCAGAUAAAGCUAGUGGUUUAUUAAUAAUUCUCAUUCACUGAUUCUGUUAAUACAGCUUUAAAAUGUCCAUGACAUCGUACUUAAAAGAAGAUCCUUUUGAUAUUCUCUCAAAAUACCUUUUAGCAAUUAUAUGUGUUCUAAUACUUGAUGUAACUGACAAUGCAAGGUCGUAAAUUUUCAUUGCUAUGAGCAAGAUAGCAGUACUUCAUAUUUUAUUAUAUUUCUCCUCUUGUUUUGUAUGUAAUGAGACUUUUAAGAACUGUGAUAACAUUUUCAGAGACAAAUAUGAUAUUGUGCUAUUGGUUUAGUUCACUGCAACAACUGACUUUUUUAAUCUCUUCAGGACAUUUUUCAAGUAUGCCGAUAUAGAUCCUUGAGUCCAAUUACUUGGAUCUUAUGCAUCAUGUUUUUCUCCACUUGUAUCUUGUCUGUCCUGUAUUUUGUGUGUGUGUGUGAGAGAGAGAGAUGCACACUUGUCCAGUAUCUGAAGUUCUUUUUUAAGUUCUUAUUUCUGUUUAAUUUAUACGAUAAUUCCUCAUUUUCAUGUCCUUUAUACAUUGCCUUUAUACAGUGAAUUGCCCUGACUACUGGUACUAGUGCAAAAAAAAAAAAAAAUUGGUAUGGAGGUUAGGGGUGUAGGGCAAAAAGGACAUGAAGGUUAAUUAGUUUGAAUUUUUUUAAAAAUGCAUUCUAUUUUGCUGCUUUGCAUAUUUGGAAAUGUUAUGGAACAUUAGAUUUUCUAAAAGAGUACUCAUAAUUUUAGAAGAUGAGAUGUCUUUUACAAUGAAUCAGGAGAUUUUACUUUUUUUUAAUGUGUUUACAUUCCUUACAAGAGAGACUAAGUCUUUGUGAUGGAUGACAAAACAUGCAUGAAGUGCCUGAUAAUGAGAAUUUGUGGUAUAAUGUGAAAAGGGGGGAGGGUUUACCUCAGAGAUACUUGCCUUCUUUGCUCUCAUGCCAAAGCUUAAAAUUGUACCUGAAGCCAUCAUGAAAAGGGCUGUAUAGGUACCAUACAGCAUGACAUUAUUAUUGGUGUUUUUAAAGUGAUAUUCAUCUGACACAUGGCGCACAUGACACAUGACAAUCUCACAUUUAGUACAUCAAAGUGUAAGCUGUAUAUUAUUUUCCCACUGAAAUGAUACAAAAGUGAGUCUAGACCAUUUUACAUUUGGUGGACAAGCUACAUGCUUCCUUUAAUAAUUGCUCUCUUUUUGUAUGGAUGUUGAUCUGUUGUUUUUUGUGAUAGCCCAUUGAAAGGUUUCACAUUCAUUGUAUCAGCAAAUAUAGUUUGUAGCUGCAAUGUUUUAAAGCACCAUGCUAUUUUGAUUUUGCUUUGGGCACUCCAUGCAGAUUUGAAGGGUAAAGAGGCAUAGUUCAAAGCUUUUAACAGCCUCCAUGUACUUGAGUGUGUGCAUGUGCAUGUGUGCAUCCACUCAAUUCUUUGAGUAGUAGAUUGAUCUUUUUCAUUCUUUAUUAUGGCCUUGUCAUAUUUUUACUUGGUGAAAUAUUCACCAGCUUUUCUUUUAAUUUGCAAUUGGGGAGGAAUAUUCUAGUAAUCUGUAAGUCAGUUUUAAUAACCCUCUUCCCAAAUUUCUCCCUUGUUCUUUACUAUUAUAUGUUCUAAACUGUUUCACAUUUCUUUAACACUUUUAUAUGCUUGUUUACAGUUUCAUUGUUAACAGGGUAUUAUUAAGAAGCAUCAAAAUGUAACAUUAUAUUUAUCAAUAAUGUAUAGCUGCUAGAAUGUUGCUUGUUUUGCAGUUUACAUCUGUUCACUUUUACUGGUUUUUAGGGUAAUACCAUUUAUUGGUUGUUGUUGAAUCUCAAUGGGGCAAGCGUUACCUUCAUAUUUUUUAUAUUUGUUUUCAGUUUCAUUGUAAACAGCUCAUUAGUACAACAAAAUGUACUUGUCUAUAAUGAAUAGUUACAGCUAAAUUGGUUUGAUUCCCAAUGGGAGGAAAGGUAUCAACAUAUCUUUUAAGAGUAAAAGGUAAAAAAGUAAAGGUUAAGGUUAUCCCCUAGCGUUUUUAGGUCGUUGGAGGGUGAGGUAUUAGAGACCAGCUUUAGGUGAGGGCAAUUCUCAUCUCUCCCUCGCUGUCUUACAUUCCCCAACACUCUAUGGAGUCAGGUGCCCAUUCCUGCCAGCUGGGUCGACUGGGGGAAGUUUGCUGCGCUAAUCUGGCGUUGAGAGGAAAAAGGGUAUUUUUGACCCAGAUCUGACGACCCGGUUGCCCCCGCAUUACUACUUAAUAUUGUAUACUAAUUUUAUGUUUAACCCAUUAACUGCCAAUUUUUUCUUUCUUUUUUUUUUUUACUUUAUUCCUACUCAUUUAAGUGCUGGUAGUAAAUAAAACAUCUACUUUCAAUUAAAUCAGCAGCAUAUUUUUUUUUCAGUAGUUUCCAAUUUUAGUCCGAUCCCCAAACGGGGAUCAUAUAGCAUAUCAUCUAUUUUUGAUGCCAUUCCUGAAAGCAAUCCACUUGUAGUCCCACAUCACAUUUAGUGCCUUUUUUUUUUCUUACACACUGAACAUUUUCUGUUUGCCAAUUUCAGUGCGUUGGAUGCAGUGAAAUUCCAUUCACUAAUUCACUAAUGCCAUAUCAAUGGCAUUAUAGUAAGUAAAGUACCACUUUUUCCUCUGUAUUCUUAUUCUUUACUUUUGAAUGUUCCAAUCCAUCUUGUUCACCCUUCCUAUAUGCUAUAUCAGCUAUGAGCCCCAAAUGGUAUUUUGUAUUUUGGUCCAUUAAAUCCAUCCAAAUUACAGCGGCACAAAGAAGGUGCUAUUAAUGCAUUCAACACGCACCAAGAAUAAAAUAAAUUCACUGUCUCUAAAAUUAGCUUCGAUAGUUAAAGCAUUUAUAUUUGCUUUCAAAGAACACAUUUCACUUUUCUGAUGAAAAACGAUGACUGGUCAGGAAAAAUGCCCUCUCAUGCACAACACGCGACAAGCAAGUGAUCACUGUAAGUUGUUUUUCACCUGCAAGGUCCUCCUUGAUGACAUGAGUAUCCAGUUUUUCUGCGUGACUGUCAGAUGGCUUUACUAGAUGAGUUUAAGUACCUGAUCCCCAAAUGGGGAUCAUGGCAGUUAAUGGGUUAAUCAUUUGCACACGGUGUUUAAAAAAAAGCAUGAAAAUUGUUUUCCUGCAUGCUUACCUUGUCUAAAUUAUUUUCUCAGCCUUCAGAGAAACGUGGGCUGAGUACAGAAUUUCAAGAACAUAUACUUCAACAAAUGGCAUUUUAGUAGUCUUGCAACUAGCACAUUUAUUGGAGAUUAUUAAUCUCAUAAUUUUGUUUCUUCAACAUAAUUUGCGAGAUUGUUGCUGUUUUUGUUUUUUCAACUUUUUUGAGGCAUGACUUGUAUAUUUUCACAUUUUUUGUUGUUGGAAAUUGACAUUUUACUUCAAUGUUUCAGUUUUUCAAGCACACUUUUCUAUCUUUUGAGAUCCCAGCAGUUCUCCCCAAUGUGGGUUACUAUCAGGUCUUUCUGAGGAUGACUCAGUAUUUUACAAGACAAGAUUUGCACAAUCUAUUAAGUCAAUUUUGUACGUGUUUUGCUCGAUUAUCAUAAAAGAUGUUUGAUCGUUGAUAUGGUGGUGCCAUAACAAAAAUGACACCUCUUUUUCGUCUGUUCAACCGCCAGGUUGUCAACUGUCCAAGGACAUGUGCUUGAGAACACACCACUUAGCGAAUUGAAAGAUAAGUUCUGAAGUGGAGAUAUGAUAAAUUCCAAGGUUAGGUGAGGUAGAUAUGUAGGACAUCAAGUACUCAAAUAUCAAAGCGAUUAUGUAAGUGGGUAACCUUUCAAACAACACACGCUCGCGCAGACUUUGCAAAGAUAACGAUCAAUGCGUUGCAAUAGGCUGUUGAUAUCUUUAUUAUGGCGACCACUUGCAGCUGCCUGUGCAACCGCCACGGAACAAAGAAAACUGUGCAUCUUGUAAGCCCUCAAGUGGGUUGCUGGUUGAGAUGGUGAUGUUGCGACUUGUGUUCCACUCUCUCCCAGUUUCUCUCUACGGACUUCUUUCGCCGGGUAGUUGAGGUGAUUUCUCAUUAUGGGAUGGGGUGUGUAGGGUGGAGAAAACCCCUGACGCCCAGCCCUGCGGCCAGGUGUCACAGAGUGUUCCAAGAUCUGAACCCAGAGCCUCUGUAGCCAUACUGUCGGUGGCCAAGAUUCACAAAAACCAUUUUAUACUCAAGCUUCAACAGUCAGUUCACAUCUUUUAAAGCCCGCGAGUCUUUGUAUUCCUUACUUUUAUAGGAGGGAUAACAAUGUCUGGAGAAAAAAAAUCAUAUUUGAAGUUUUUAAGUGCCUUUUAUAUUCUUUUAAAAAUAAUGUAGACCUAGAUGGCUUAAUAUUAUCAAGCUGUAUUUCACACCAAUAUGCCAUGAAGAACUGGCACUACGCAGACCUGUCGGCAUACCUUACUUGUUGUCAGUGGCCAUGGUUCACAGAAACAUUUCAUUCUCAAUCAAACUUGUGUUUAGAAGAUUUAACAAUCAGUUCAUACCUUUUAAAACUUGAGAGUCUUUUUUAUUCUGUACAUUUUAUUUCAACUUUUAUAGGUGCAUGUAUCAACAUGCCAGAAUUGUUCACCUGUUUUUUGUGGAUGUCGCAACAAUAAUAUAUGGAGAAAAAAACUCAUAUUUGAUGUUUUUAAGUUCUCAAGUAUUACUACAAGAUGUACGUGGUUUCCCAGUUUCUCAGUUACAGCUGUUUCCCACCAUAUUGGUUUGCUCUGUUUUUGUUCCUAGCAUAUUGGAAAAAUUUACAUUUGUGCCCGGUGAAAGAUGGGAACAUAUCAGUCAUGCAAGAAAGAAAUGUUUAUACGAAGAUGAAUGUUCUCACUGAAUGGAGUUUUGUGGAUUACACGCACCACACACACACACAGACUACACAUAUAUUAUGAUACAAACAUGCGCUGUGUAUAAUUACAAGAACAGCAGCCUCGCAAAGGCCAAGACAAGAGACUACUAGAUCAUCAGGAGUCUUGUUUGCUCAGUCAUGUUGACAAUAAAUGCACAUUUUUUGUGGAUGUGUGUUCAUAAUUGAAGUUUGGCUUGUAUGGGAAACGUAUCUGUGAGUAGAAACUGUCAGCUCAGUGUCUAGUCGCUACUGACCUAAGAUCUACCAAU